AUGAAGAAUAUGGGUAUGUGGGUUCCACAAGGGAAGAAACAAUUUGUUGUUUCUUUUGAUGAUGCAGCAGAUGUCUUGGGGAAGUCUACAAGCUGCUCUAGAAAAGGUGGGGUUUUACCACGUAAUGACAGGACUUGCCCCAAAUUCCUUGAAACACGAGAUGAAUCCUGUGGAAAUUCCGACAUCACACCGAUGCCGGACCCACUUAAAAAAGACCGAGGCUCAGAUCCAUGA